GGGCGUGUCCAGAGCUUCUUCGGGCUUUCGCCAUUGGCCGAUACUCUCCUGGUAACCAGAACAAACUGUAUCAACACACCGAGGACACAUGAGUAUUUUUGAACAUUUCUGAAUAACGAGAAAGAACGUAGUCAAAGAGAUGACAUGGACUGGGGAUCCGGCAGGCACUGCUCUAAAACCACCGAAAAAGAGGAGUGUCAUGGGAGCCCGGGAGGGAAGCAUGCACCGCCGGAUAUCGAGGAGAGACUCGAUGAAUAUUUAAUUGCCCUUCAACAGAAAAACAGGAUUUUAAAACGGCUGAAAACUAAAGACCCCAAAGAGAUAGAGCUGGAGCGCCUGGAGCAGGGCUUCUCCAUCUAUGUGAAUGGGGCAAACUCUGAGGCCAACAAAAAGUCCAGGAGACGCGGACAAAAUUCGUUCACCUCGCCUCCGCCUGGAGUGCGGGCCACACACACAGCCGAUGCUUCCAGAAGGUCUGCUCUGCUGACAGAAGGCCAGCAAGAUCUGGAGGAGGCAAAGAGAGAGAGGAGUCAGACUGCCCCAGGAAAAGUACAGAGGAAAGAAUGGGUUCAGAGCUCGGUCAGUAUUAAAACAGAGAAGGGAACUGGCGUACGGAUUCAACCAGAGCAUCAGUACUCGGAGGACUUUGAGCCCUAUGAGAGCGUGAGCAUGGAGCAGUCGGCUCCUCAGUCCCCGCACAGAGACGCCCGCACGGGCCCCAAGACCCUCUGUGCCCGGACGGAGAGCCGAGGAAGUCCCUGUGAGCCGGAGAGCAGCGAGAGAGUCCUCCUCAACAUGGAUGAGGUGAAGGUGCUGCGGCAGAGCCUGGAGGUGAGCGUGAAUGUGCGGCGGAGCAGCCAGGACUCUGCCGGGGAGGAGUCGGAGGAGGAGUGGGUGGAGGAGCAGAUCGAGAGGGAGGAGAGCACGGAGAGCCUGGAGGAGCUGGGAUUGCCCUCCAAAGGCCCUGCCCCCAACCUGCAGCCAAGUGCCACAGCCAGGCGCCACCUCGACCCAGGGGACCUCAUAGUACUGGACUUUGGCCCUUCACCAAAUGGUGUAAAGAAAGAGCGCUCACUGUCAGCGAAAAGGAAAGACAACAUGGAGAUGUACAUCCCCAUCAAGCCAGUCAUGGUGAAAAGCAAAGCCCUUGACAGCCCUCCCUCUACACAGGGCAGAGAUACCCCUCGGUCAUGGAGUCGUUUUGAGCACCCCCUGUCUACGGCCCGGAAGGCUACACUGGAGGAGCGGGACCCAGAGGAGGCAGCAGGCAGGGUUUUCCAGGCCCUGCAGAAAGAGAACACCCUGCAACCAGCACUCAGAACCACCAGGCCCAGACCGAUCAGAGCGGGUCAGAUAAGCAAUGGUUCCAGAGCUGAUGGGGAGAGUGGAGUGACCAAGGCCAUGCAGAGAAUCACCCUCAUGGAGCCAAGCCAACAGAAGAAACUUCUGAAGGCACUGGAAAAAAUUGAAGCAGACACUAAUGUGGAUUUCCCUCAGAUAGCAAAGAUCAGAAGUGGCAAACCAUCAAGGGCGCGGGCGUCCGCAGAGGUGACCGCCACUCUCUACGUCACCAUGGAGAUCCUCUCCAACUGGGGGAACAGUAGUCACGUCGGGCUGACGGAGAUGCAGUUCUUCUGCCUGAGGAACCGCAAACUGUAUGUGUCGCCCCACGACCUGGACAUCAGGAACGCUGACCAUCCAGGGAACCUGGGGGCGCUGGUUAACGGCAAAGCCAAAACCACAAAGGAGCGGCACAUGUGGACCUGCCCGUUCCACCCGCCCGUCCAGCUCUACUUCAUCAUCCGCAAUCCUGAGCGUUCCCCUGAUUUCGGCAUCUCCAGGAUCAAGAUCUGGAACUACAACAAGAGCCUCAGUGAUCUGGAUAUCGGCGCCCGACAUGUAAGGCUGUACCUCAACAGCACGUUAGUGUUUGAAGGAGAGCUGGAGAAGGGUUGCGGCAACCAGGUGUUCGAUUACAGCACCACCAUCGACCUCCAAGCCCUCGGCCAGGAGUGCGUGUCCUCCAGCCCCGUCUCGUCGGGCCACAGCCUGGGCGGCGCCGAGGACCCCAGCUCCGACCAUGAGAGCCGGGAGAGUAGCUGCGCUCAGCCCGGCGCCCUCGCCCAGCCAGAGGAAAUGAGCAAGACGCAGCCCGACCCCCAGGAAGACGCCAGCCCGUCGGCCCCGCCCGUGUCUUCCUCGCCCGCGGAGAGGGUGUCCCUGGACGAGGAGCUCCCGCUGAAGCAGCAGCUGGAGCGGGUCACGGGGCGGGCGGUCACGGCCCAGCCCCUCUCCAAAACCCCACCGUGGCUGCAGCCCCUCAGCAGAGGGGGGCAAGACGGCACUGACGGGGGAAAGGAGAGGCCGCCCUGGCUGUCCUCAGACCAACCCCCGGAGCCCAAACUCUCCGCACUGCCAGAAGUGACGGGCAACCCCAGCAAGUCCAGCAGGGCCUCCGCCCUGUGGGGGGAGAGAGCUCUGAACGGGGAGCCAGGUCGUCCCCCCACGCAGCUCAGCUCGGACUCGCUGGACCUGGGCGAUGACCUGCUGCAGGACCUGUGUGUGAGAGGGGACCGGCCCCUCAGCAGCAGGAGGAGUACCCGCAGGAGCGCCCAGCAGCCGGAGGCCGGCAGCGACAGGACUCCGUUCCCACACAGGAGAGAGGGGCCCGGGCCAGCUGGGGGAGGCAGGAGGCAGUGGACCCCGCGGUCCCAGUGGCGCAGCGAGCAGGACGACACCCUCAUGGAGUCCUGGGACUCGCUCACCAAGUUCAACCAGUGCCAGCGCGGGCGCAUCUCCAACAUGGGCUUCGAGGGGGACAUUUUCGAUGAGUUCCUGCAGAGGCAGGGCCGGUCCGAGGCAGGAGGAGGAGCCGGCCAGCCCCCCCGGACGCCCUGCCAGGAGAACCUCUUGGAGGAGCUGGAGGACGACCCCCUGAGCGAGACGGAGCGGGAUGAGGAGUUCGAGAUCCCCGUCCUGCCCCAGGGCCAGCGGCUCGUUAUCAACAUCCUGUCCACCUGGGGCGACCGGCACUACGUGGGCCUGAACGGCGUGGAGAUCUUCAGCUCCAGUGGGGAGCCCGUGCUGCCCGCCCGAAUCCACGCCGACCCGCCCGAUAUCAACGUCCUGCCCGCCUACGGCAAGGACCCGCGCGUGGUCACCAACCUCAUCGACGGCGUGAACCGCACACAGGAUGACAUGCACCUGUGGCUGGCCCCUUUCACGCCGGGUCGCGCCCAUGUCAUCUUCAUCGACUUCCAGAGUCCUUGCCAGGUGGCCAUGAUCCGAAUCUGGAACUACAAUAAGUCACGCAUCCAUUCAUUCCGCGGGGUGAAGGAGGUGGAGAUGCUGCUGGACGGGAGGUGCAUCUUCAGGGGGGAGAUCGCCAAGGCCUCAGGAACCCUGUCUGGAGCCCUGGAGCAGUUUGGGGACACCAUCCUAUUCACCACAGAUGACGACAUCCUAGAGGCCAUGUCACGCUACGACGAGACGUUCGAGGGCGAGGCAGAGGGCCCUGAGGCGCUGGUGCACGAGGAGGAGCUGCAGCGCCCACGCACGGCCGACGGGGAGGGCGAGGAGCGCCCCUUCACCCAGGCCGGCUUCAGAGAGGACGACCAGCAUGUGAAACUGCGUCCAACCGCCGGCCCCACAUCCGAAGUGGCUUCAGAGCAGGUUCCUGGAAUGUACACUGGAAAGUGCCUUAAAAUUACCUUGAGCAUGACCUGGGGCGACGCCCAUUACCUCGGCAUGACCGGGCUUGAAGUGGUAGGGAAGGAAGGACAGAGCCUGCCGUUGGACAUAAGCAUGGUGGACGCCUCUCCGCGAGACCUGAAUGAGCUUCCGGAGUAUGGGCAUGACCUGCGCACCCUGGACAAGCUGUUUGACGGGCACAACAUCACCAUGGAUGACGAGCACAUGUGGCUGAUCCCCUUCUCCUACGAGAGCGAGCACGUGCUCACCGUGUGCUUCGGGAAGGCCCAGACCAUAGCCGGACUGCGGAUCUGGAACUACAACAAAUCUCCAGAGGACACAUACAGAGGGGUGAAGGUGAUCCACGUGUCCAUGGACGAUGUGGUCAUCUCCCCGCCUGAGGGCUUCCUGAUCCGGAAGGGCCCGGGAAACUGCCACUUUGACUUCGCCCAGGAGAUCCUGUUCAUUGACUACCUGCAGCCGGCCAGCAGCAGGAACGCAGACUCACAGCAGAUACAGAAUGUCAGCUCACAGAAACUGGAGCAUGCCAGCAUGGACUAUGAGGCUCCCCUCAUGCCCUGUGGCUUCAUCUUCCAGCUGCAGCUGCUUACGACCUGGGGUGACCCCUACUACAUCGGGCUGAAUGGCCUGGAGUUCUACGACCAGCGCGACACGAAGAUUCCUCUCAGUGACAACAACAUUGCGGCGUUUCCUGACAGCGUGAAUGUCCUGGACAGUGUGAAUGGAGACGUGCGGACUCCAGACAAGCUGGUGGAUGGGGUCAACAACACCCAUGAUGGCAGACACAUGUGGCUGGCACCAGUGCUGCCAGGAGUGGUGAAUCGGGUGUAUGUUAUAUUUGAUCAACCAGUAACAGUGUCCAUGAUCAAACUGUGGAACUACUCCAAAACUCCACAAAGGGGAGUGAAGGAAUUCGGGCUGCUGGUGGAUGACCUGCUGGUGUAUAAUGGCAUCCUGGAUUGUGUGACUCAUGUGGCUCGAGGAAUCCUGCCUACCUGUGACCCAGUGGUACCCUACCACACUAUCCUCUUCACCAGCAACGCCAAGAUCGCGCACCGAGAAAGGAACACCGUCAUCAGCCCACAGCGCUGCGGGAAUCAGCAACACAACUAUGUGGAGGACCAGGAUGUGAAGAUGACUAAUGAGAACCAGAUUGUUCACCACCACAGCAAGAAAAAACAGGCGGCUGAUCCUGCCCUGCGGCCAAAAACCUGCAUGACAGACAGAGGGCAGCUGGGGAAGAGGCGGUACUGAGGGGCAAAGGAAGCUGGUCUAUCUCCCUGCCCAAGGAGAGGGAAUGACUAACACUGCACCACAGUGAUCGGGUGGUCUUAAACUCCACCCCUUCAAUCUACCCCACCUUCCACAGCCUACCCCCACCCUCCUCAGUUUGUCCUGAGAACUUGUCCUGAGUCUGCACCCCACAGGACAGCUUGCAACAGAACAUGUUGGUGGGUCUGUAGCCAUUUAUAGGACUGGUCACACACCAUAGGUCUGGUUCAUCCUUACAGCUCACUUAUGGCUGUGACUGAAAGGAAAAAAUCUUCCUUUAGCUUGUAUUGUUUUUUUGCAUACAACAGGUUGGCUUUGAAGUCACCUUUCCUCAUACAUGUCCAGUUUACCUAGCUUAAACUAUCAUUUGUGGCUUCUUCACAGAGUGCCCCUCUCCCUGUCUAUCAGUACUGCACUGCUGCUGCUGGUCAAGCUGUCGAGAGCAGUGCAAUCUUCCAAACCUCCGUUCACUGUACUCUAAAUGAGAAAAACACCUAAGAGCUAUUACAUGACAAUCUGCAGGAAGGACCUGACUAAGCCUUUUAAAGGGAAUAGCCUGCUUGCCAUCAGCACAAAAAUCACAAAAAGCUCUUUUGUAAAAAUAAAGUUCCAGUGUGGUGUGAUUGUAUCGAUCUGCGUAGUCAGACUGCGCCUCAUCUUCCAGGAAAGAACAGGGUACUGACUCUAAAAGAUGAGGGUUUAAACUGACGUUCUCUUCCGCAGCAUUAAAUCCAACUGUAAAGUGGUCAGAAUAGGUGACUAGUUAAAGUGCUUGUUCUUGUUGCAGUAAAAGGCCGUGUGUUUUAUGGCCUUGCUUAAGACAAAGAAACACACGCAACACUAAUCUGUUCAGAAUUAUUCGUUUCCAUAUGUAUUCACUGGUAUAUGUAAUCACUCGCAUAAACUCAUGAAUAAAGCUGUGUAGUUUAGGAAAGUUCUGUGGUAGCAGUGGUGAUGCUUUAAUGUUAGUGUUUAGGGGCCUCAUUGACUGAAUUUGACAGCAGGUGCAGUAAACCGGCCAUUUGCAACUAUAAGUGACCUUAAAAGUCAAUUAUAUCUGAGGAAAGUUACACAAGAUUGUUGAAUAUGUACUUUUAUGUAUUUUUAUGGAGACACUCUGCUGCAGAGAACCUAAAGCAUCAUUGAGACAUUAUUCUGUUUCAACAGUAAAUAGCUCUGUAUAAACAUCCAUUGCAGUCUUAACCCUGGCAAUACCACUUGUCUCGUACAAUGUAAAAUGUAAUUUAGAAUGUUGUUUGCAUAUUGAAGGUCUUUUGAUAUUGCCAACUUAUUGUGGCAGAUGACAACAUGAAAAUCUUGGUUCUUGAUUGGAAAAUGGCUUAUUUUAGCUUCACAGCUAGGUGAGUGUCUAUUCAAUGUUGUAUUGUCUUGAAUUGAUACAUCCUUGCAGAAUAAACUGGUAACACAGACAACACUACUAUCAGAUAUGCAAGCACGGAAAAUAUACCUCAAGUAGAGACUAGAUAAAUCUUGAAAGCUGAAAUACACUAAUAUUUACAUUGUAACCUGAAUGUGCCCAGAAAAUACACCUGGAAGUUUGUGUUGCAUGUUCAAAACAAUAAUUUCACCACCUCAUUGUGAAAGGGGGAAGAAAUAACUUAAUAAUAAAGGGGGCACUUUCGCAUCUUGAGGUUUGUGUUCAUUGAAAGCGAUGGAUUUGCUGCUUUGUGGGCUACAAUAUGCUGUAUGGUUCCCAUCAGAAAAAAAAAAAUCAUCUAAGAAUUGUCUUUGACUUACUUUAGAAAUGCUGUUUUGAGCAUUUCAAUUUAAUGUGAGGUCCAUUAGAAAGGAUUUCACAUGUCACUUCUGUCAUGCUUCAGGGUUGUUGGAUAUUUUGUUGCUAAGACUGUAUAUGUAACAUCCC